GGACUUGUGGGCUCCUGCGGUCGACACCCACGAGGGCCACAUCACCAGCGACAUGCAGCUCUCUACUUACUUAGACCCCGCCCUGGAGCUGGGCCCCCGCAAUGUGCUGUUGUUCCUGCAGGACAAGCUGAGCAUCGAAGACUUCACGGCAUACGGGGGUGUGUUUGGAAACAAGCAGGACAGCGCCUUUUCUAACCUGGAGAAUGCCCUGGACCUGGCCCCCUCCUCUCUGGUGCUUCCCGCCGUCGACUGGUACGCAGUCAGCACUCUGACCACUUACCUGCAGGAGAAGCUUGGGGCCAGCCCCUUGCACGUGGACCUGGCCACCCUGCGAGAGCUGAAGCUCAAUGCCAGCCUCCCGGCUCUGCUGCUCAUCCGCCUGCCCUACACAGCCAGCUCGAGCCUGAUGGCGCCAAGGGAAGUCCUCACAGGCAACGAUGAGGUCAUUGGGCAGGUGCUGAGCACACUCAAGUCUGAAGACGUCCCGUACACAGCGGCCCUCACGGCGGUCCGCCCUUCCAGGGUGACCCGCGAUGUAGCCAUGGUGGCUGGGGGGCUAGGUCGCCAGCUGCUGCAAAAACAGCCCGCAUCAGUUGUGAUCCACCCCCCUGUGAGUUACAAUGACACUGCUCCCCGGAUCCUGUUCUGGGCCCAGAACUUCUCGGUGGCAUACGGGGGACGCUGGGAGGACCUGACCCUCAUCACCUUUAACCUCCAGAGGUUCAGCCUGACUGGCUCCUCCUGGAAUGACUCCCUUGCCGUGCUUGCACUGACCUAUGAACAACUGUUUGGUACCACGGUGACAUUCAAAUUCAUUCUGGCGAACCGCUUUUACCCAGUGUCGGCCCGGCACUGGUUUACCAUGGACCGCCUUGAAAUCCACGGCAAUGGCUCCGUAGUCUACUUCAAUGCCUCCCAGAUCACGGGGCCCAGCAUCUACUCCUUCCACUGCCAGUACGUCAGCACUAAUGGUGACAAUGGCAAUAUCCUUGUGCCUGACACGCAGCCCUCUCUCUGGCAGAUGACUCUUCAGGACUUCCAGAUCCAGGCCUUCAACGUGACGGGUGAGCAGUUCUCCUACGCCAGCGACUGUGCUGGCUUCUUCUCCCCGGGCAUCUGGAUGGGGCUGCUCACCUCCCUGUUCAUGCUUUUCAUCUUCACCUAUGGCCUGCACAUGAUCCUGAGCCUCAAGACCAUGGACCGCUUUGAUGACCACAAGGGCCCCACCAUCACUUUGACCCAAAUCGUGUGACCCUGUGCCCAUGGAGGAUUGAGGGUGCGAUGGUGUCCAGUUGUGGCUUUCUCACCUCGAGGCAUGCUGGACCGAAGGGCUUCCUGACUUCCAUAGCAUGAACCCCCAGUUCCCCUCAGUCUGUCUUGCUUCCUGUUCAACCUGUGAGGGACUUCCCCUGAGGCUGCCCACCCCCUAUCUCUACCAAUAAGGUGUACAUAUUCUGCAUAGAUAGUAGACAAAUUUCCCAGGCACAGUGAUUAUGAAGGGAGGAGAUAUGAACUCUAGGGCCCCCUCCUCCUUCCCCUUUCUCCUUAUUUAUUUUCAUCUCUCCACCUUCACCCCUUGCUGUUCAUAGUGCUUUUGUGUGGCCAAUGCGCCUUCCCUAGGCUUUAUGGGGCUUCCUGCAGCAGCAACCAGGAGCUGGAGGUCCCCUGAGUUCGGGGGUGGGGUGGAAGUACUAUAUAACUGUCUGUCGCGCUAUGCUGGUAUUGUUUUUCGGUGAUGAUGUGCUAACAAUAAGCAGUACACUGGGGUUUAUUUCUGUGGCUUGAGAAGGAAGGGACCGUCCACGGAGGUGGGCUGAGUGUGCUCACUGGGUUCCUGGCAGGUUUCUGCCAGGAACGCUGGGCAGGAGCCGGGAUGCUCGGUGGGUUUCCUUCCUAAUAAAAUAAAGACGGGUCGCCACGC